GACGAUGCGGGUGGUGCAUUCCCCGACCGUCAUAACAGAUCAGCGGGACCUUCAGAUCUUCUUACCGCGUUAUCUGCACCUUGGACGAACGAGGGCAUCUCUCGACAUGGAAUCAUGUUCUCGUUUGGAGCUGAGUCUGACAGUGAAGACGAUGAGGGCGGUGCAUUCCCCGAACGUAAAUCACACGCAAGCCCAGUACUCCCCACGGAUGAAGAGCCGUCACCGAAGCUGAAAAAUCACGCACAAUUAGACUAUGAAGCACAGCUGGAACUACUUGAGCAGCAAAACAAGAAGAGGCUGACGAUCGCACGACGAGAAUCACCCGGGCCCCAAAACCAAGAACAGGAAAUUUCUUGGAACCCUCCAAUAGGCAUUCCCAAGGUACCGUCUGGUUGGGUAGCUCAGUGGGACAAUUCGUCUCGCACGUUCUACUACAUCCAACUUUCUACAGGCGCCUCUCAAUGGAACAUGCCAACCACUGCUGCUCCACCGGAUGAGUUGCCCAACAGUCUACAAGCAAAUAAGGAAUUACGAAUCAGUCCCAGCGAAAGCCCGAAUGACGGCUCAAGCCAGAAUCCAACCCAGAACUCGAACUCCUCGUCCCAAGCUCCGGUCGACCUCCCCGGAUUUGAUCACUGGGCUAAUUGGGAUGAUUUGACGACAAAAUAUGGAACGGGCCCCAUCACCGAUGCCCUUUGGAAAGCUAUAGAGGCCCUAAACCUGCUGAGAAGUGAUGCUGAAGCCCAGGAACGACCCUUUCUGCCGGACGAACGUAUCGUUGUCAUAGCCCGUAGGGUGUUGGUCAGCGCACGACUUGAGCGUAAAGUGUAUUUCCAGGAACUUAUUACACAAUUGCCCAUGUGCGAGCAAGAGCUCCUCGCUGACCGUGGUGUUGACCCACUGUCUUACGGAGUUGUCCUGGAUGUUUUCAGGAGCUACCGAAACUUCCUCGCGAGAGGAAAGUUGUAUAUCCCGCAGCUUGACCCUCUUGAUUACCACCCCGAUGCGUUUGAGGCCUGGUUUUUCAGUGACCCUACUCCUACAGCAGCGUCAGCGUCACCACAUAUAUCAUCGCAUAGUCAGGAAGCACCUCGUAGUCAUAAUUCUUCGGCUGGCGGUACGCUUAGGGCACACCUCGAAUUUGCGGCACAAUGGCAGAACGUGCAGCAGAGUUCCACAAAGGCUCACGCAGAUAGCCUGGUCCAACAAUAGAGUGAAGUCCUCAGCAAAUCUAUAAGUUAUAAGGUACCUUCAUCUCUAAAUCCAGCUCUUCAGAGCGACACAUCCGAGGAUGCUUCGCUACCAUUGGAUCCCUCACAUCCCCCAACCAUUCUAGCUACACCUAAGACGGAUGGCCAACUACCGGAUCUUAGCACGUAUGAGCAUAUUAUACGCACGCUUUCAUUCGGUAAACCCUCAAUCUACGGCAGAAGAAGCUCACAAGUACGCUUAUGAAAAUGAGAAAUUUUUUUUCUCACUUUCGAAAUCAAAGGACGAAUACCUCAGAUCAAUGAGGAACUUGUUGACAGAAGUGAGGUACCUGAUGGGGGAGUAAUUCUUGAAAUCUGGGUCGGACAUAUUCCAAGUCUUCUAAAAUCAA